AUGGAACAACCACUUGAGCUCUUGUUAACUGCUUGUCAGUCGAAAGAUCCGUUUUCUGUUGUGGCUGUUGAUCCAAAAACGUGCGUGGCUUGUUGGUCUUAUAAGGGUUGUGUGGAAGCUGUUGGAAGUCACGGUGACCUAUUGUUAUUAGUUGUGAAAGACCAACCAUUAGCACACAUUGUUGCGGUGAACAGGAGAGAUCGUUUUCAUGUUAAAAGUUUAUUGACAAAGCCUUUACGGUGCGUUGCUGUAACAAAGGAUGGCGCAGUUAUUUUUGGUUGCUCAGAGUCGAGGAUUUUCUGUUGGAUGGUUGCUUCAGGAAGCCUUGUAUCGGUAAUUGAGGCUCAUUAUCAAGAAAUCUUGUGUUUAUCUUUGUCCUCUGACGAUGGACUUUUGAUUUCUGGUGCAGCAGAUGGAACAGUAAAUGUUUACGUGGUUCCAGAGUGA